AUGUCUAAAGCCCACACACUGAGAGCUCUGAUGACGGCGCGUCUGGCUGCGGCCACUGAGGAGGUUCUGGUUCUGUUUGAAAGAACUAUACAGGAAUAUGAGGAGGAACUGAGACUCUCCAAAGAGGAGACCCACCGGACACGGGCGGUGCUGAACUCUCUGCUCUACCCCAGGGUCAGGCUGCACCAGGCGGCUGCAGAGGAGAGUCCUGAGCCCGCUCUGAACCAUGGACCGAACCAUGGACCGGACCAUGGACCGAACAAUGGACCGAACAAUGGACUGAAACGGGAGAUCCCAAAUUCACGGAUCAAAGAAGAGCCAAAGGAACAGGCCGUGAAACAGGAGCAGGACCAGCUGCCAGAACCUGUCCCAGAGCUGACUGUGAGGACACGGAAGAGACGUCGAUACAAACUGAGCCAGAAACUCAGGACGUCUGGAGACACUGAGAACUCUUCUGACACUGAUCCUGACAAGGCUCCUCUGGGCUCUCUGCUCUACCCCAGGGUCAGGCUGCUCCAGGUGGCUGCAGAGGCCAGUCCUGAGCCCGGUCUGAACCAUGGACCGAACCACGGACCGAACCAUGGACCGAACCACGGACCGAGCCAUGGACCGAACCACGGACCGAGCCAUGGACCGAACCACGGACCGAGCCACGGACCGAGCCACGGACCGAGCCAUGGACCGAGCCAUGGACCGAACCAUGGACCGAACCAUGGACCGAACCAUGGACCGAACCCAAAGAUCCCAGAACCUUCACGGAUCAAAGAGGAACAGGCCGUGACGCAGGAGCAGCUGCCAGAGCCAGAGCUGACUGUGAGGACACGGAAGAGACUCAGGACGUCAGGAGACACUGAGAACUCUUCUGACACUGAUCCUGAGGACGACAAGGCUCCUCUGGGCUCUCUGCUCUACCCCAGGGUCAGGCUGCUCCAGGCGGCUGCAGAGGCCAGUCCUGAGCCCGGUCUGACACACGGAUCGAACCACGGACCGAGCCAUGGACCGAACCAUGGACCGAACCAUGGACCAAACCAUGGACCGAACCAUGGACCGAACCCGGAGAUCCCAGAACCUUCACGGAUCAGAGAGGAGCCAGAGGAACAGGCCGUGACGCAGGAGCAGGAGCAGCUGCCAGAACCUGUCCCAGAGCUGACUGUGAGGACACGGAAGAGACGUCGAUACAAACUGAGCCGGAAACUCAGGACGUCUGGAGACACUGAGAACUCUUCUGACACUGAUCCUGACAAGGCUCCUCUGGGCUCUCUGCUCUACCCCAGGGUCAGGCUGCUCCAGGUGGCUACAGAGGCCAGUCCUGAGCCUGGUCUGAACCAUGGACCGAACCAUGGACCGAACCAUGGACCGAACCAUGGACCGAACCAUGGACCGAACCAUGGACCGAACCAUGGACCGAACCCGGAGAUCCCAGAACCUUCACGGAUCAGAGAGGAGCCAGAGGAACAGGCCGUGACGCAGGAGCAGCUGCCAGAACCUGUCCCAGAGCUGACUGUGAGGACACGGAAGAGACGUCGAUACAAACUGAGCCGGAAACUCAGGACGUCUGGAGACACUGAGAACUCUUCUGACACUGAUCCUGACAAGAGCUGUGCCAGUGUCGACUGUGGGCACCAACAGGAAACGAAAGAGACAUAUUUAGAGCCACAGACAGAGGGCGCCACCGAGAACUCCUCUGACACGGACUAUGAAGUUACCACAACCAGGGAUGGACCCGGACACACCACUGCACCAAACUCUUACCUGUGUCGUCCAAUCACAAGCCUGUCCCUGCGACCGGUGCCGCUGUGA